CCCGGAUUCAGUUCCAAACCGUUAGGCGUAACGGUUGUGUGCGCGCUCGUUGAAAAAGUAAAUAAAAACUGUGCUUUAGUGAUAGUCCCUUGGCAAAUUGCAUUUUGAUUUGUUCGGCAGCUCGGCCUUAGUUCAAGUGAUUUGUUUACUUUUAACUCAAUUAAUUAGGCGUCUGCAAAGGCCCAACUGUGUGGGUGAACACAAUUUGCAUCGGUGUCGCGCCAGCAUAACGGUAAAGGUGUGAAAGAGUCCGACAAACGGUUCCAGGACGGAGGUGAAACGCCAUCAUGGUAGUCAAGGAGAUUCCGCUUCACGAGAAUCUAAGCAUGGAGAACCGCUCCACAAAUGCCGCCACGCCCACCACAACCACCACUUUCUCGCGAGUGGGGCGUCGAUAUAGUGUAUCCCUGACCACUGCCAUCCUGCUGGCCUCCUUUUUCAUCUGCACCCUACUUGCGGUGGGUUUUAUUGUCUAUAACUUUGCCACGUGUGCUGAGCUGGAGCCAUCAGCCGACGAAGACAUCGUCUGCACCAGUGUUCAUCUAAGGAAGCUGAAAGCCGGACAAGAUGGAACACCGAAAUACGAUCGGGAUGUCCGUCUACCGCGCUCCAUCCGCCCUCUGAAAUACAAUAUCACGCUGGAACCGCAGCUCAGCGGCAACUUCUCCUUUGCCGGUAGUGUUCAGAUCAGGAUAAGGGUGCUGGAAGAUUGCUACAACAUCACCAUGCAUGCUGAGGAGCUGAACAUCUCGCGAAGUGACGCCGCUGUCCGUAGGGUGCUGCCAGAUGGAGAACUGGAUCUGGACAGUCUGCGGAUCCACAAACAGUAUCUGGUGGGAGCCAAGCAGUUCUUCGUUAUCGAGCUGUACGACAAGCUUUUAAAGGACGUGGAGUACGUGGUGGAUCUACGAUUUGAUGGGAUUAUCCAAGACUAUCUGCAGGGAUUUUACCGCAGUUCAUACGAGGUGCAAAAUGAAACAAGGUGGGUUGCUUCUACCCAGUUCCAAGCCACUGAUGCUCGUCGUGCCUUUCCCUGCUUCGAUGAGCCCGCCCUGAAGGCCAAUUUUACCCUGCAUAUCGCUCGUCCCCGAAAUAUGACCACCGUCUCUAAUAUGCCCAUUGUGUCCAGCAACGAUCACGCCACUAUCCCCAGCUAUGUGUGGGACCACUUUGCUGAAUCGCUGCCCAUGUCAUCCUAUCUGGUGGCCUAUGCCAUAUCCGACUUUACGCACAUCUCCUCUGGCAAUUUCUCCGUUUGGGCUCGAGCAGAUGCCAUCAAAUCAGCAGAGUAUGCGCUGUCUGUGGGUCCCAGAAUUCUGACAUUCCUGCAGGACUUCUUCAAUGUUACUUUCCCCUUGCCGAAAAUCGAUAUGAUUGCUCUGCCAGAGUUCCAAGCGGGAGCUAUGGAGAACUGGGGUCUCAUUACCUUCAGGGAGACAGCGAUGCUUUAUGAUCCAGGUGUGGCCACGGCCAACAACAAACAACGCGUGGCCUCGGUUGUGGGUCAUGAGUUGGCCCAUCAGUGGUUCGGCAACUUGGUCACUCCAAGUUGGUGGUCGGAUAUCUGGCUAAACGAGGGAUUCGCCAGCUAUAUGGAAUACCUGACGGCGGAUGCAGUUGCGCCCGAGUGGAAGCAAUUGGACCAGUUUGUGGUCAAUGAGCUGCAAACUGUUUUCCAGCUGGAUGCCUUAUCGACAUCCCACAAGAUCUCCCACGAAGUGUUUAAUCCGCAGGAGAUUACAGAGAUAUUUGAUAGAAUUUCCUACGCCAAGGGAUCGACUAUUAUUCGCAUGAUGGCCCACUUUCUCACGAAUCCAGUUUUCCGCCGUGGUCUUAGCAAAUAUCUUCAGGAGAUGGCUUAUAAUUCCGCAACGCAGGACGAUUUGUGGCGUUUCCUUACAAAUGAGGCAAAGUCCUCUGGAUUGCUGGACCACAGCAGAAGUGUCAAGGAGAUCAUGGACACGUGGACGCUGCAAACGGGCUAUCCGGUCGUCAAGGUAUCGAGGCACCCCAACUCCUAUGUAAUCCGCCUGGAGCAGGUUCGCUUUGUGUACACCAACACGACCAGGGAAGAUGAGAGUCUGCUCUGGUGGAUUCCCAUCACAUUUACCACUGACUCGGAGUUGAACUUUGCCAACACCCGACCCACCACAUGGAUGCCCCGCACCAAGCUGUACGAGCUGGAGAACAGGGAUCUCUCCACGGCCAAGUGGUUCAUCUUCAAUGUCCAGCAAACGGGUUACUAUCGGGUUAACUAUGAUUUAGAAAACUGGAGGGCAAUCACAGAACACCUUAUGGAUGUUAGACAUUUUGAGGAUAUUGCUCCAGCCAAUCGCGCCCAGUUGAUCGAUGAUGUGAUGAACUUGGCCAGGGGCUCUUAUCUUUCCUACGAAACCGCGAUGAAUCUGACCCGCUACCUCGGUCACGAACUGGGUCAUGUGCCAUGGAAGGCUGCCAGCAGUAACUUCAUUUUUAUCGACUCAAUGUUCGUCAACUCCGGAGAUUAUGACCUGCUAAAGAACUAUCUCCUAAAGCAGCUGAAGAAGGUCUACGAUCAGGUGGGAUUCGAAGACUCGCAGGGUGAUGCGGAGGAUAUCCUGGUAAAGCUGAAGCGCGCCGAUAUUCUGGGCAUGGCCUGCCAUUUGGGUCAUCAGCAGUGCAUCUCUGAGGCUAGCAGGCAUUUCCAAAACUGGGUUCAGACUCCGAAUCCUGAUUCAAACAAUCCCAUUGUACCAAAUCUCAGGGGCGUCGUGUAUUGCUCUGCGAUACAAUACGGAACUGAGUAUGAAUGGGACUUUGCCUUCGAGCGCUUCUUGAAGACCAAUGUGCCUGGGGAGAAAGACCUAUUGUUAAGUGCCCUCGGCUGCUCCAAGGAGCCCUGGUUGCUCUAUCGCUACUUGCGUCGCGGCAUCGCCGGGCAACAUAUACGAAAACAGGAUCUGUUCCGGGUAUUUGCUGCAGUUUCCAGUACGGUAGUCGGCCAACAGAUAGCUUUUGAUUUCCUGCGCAACAACUGGCAAGAGAUUAAGACCUACAUGGGCUCUCAGAUUUCCAACAUCCACACACUGUUUAAGUUCGCCACAAAGCGGUUCAAUACCAAGUUCCAGCUGGGCGAAUUCGAGAACUUUGUGAAGGAUGCCCACUGGGACUACGACAGACCCAUCCAACAGAUAGUGGAGCAGAUCGAGACCAGCGUAGACUGGAUGAACAAGAACUACAAGUCAAUCGUUAAGUGGCUGCAGAACGAGGCGCGGGCGUAA